AUGGGACAGCAUCCUCAUAAAUACCUAUCACUACUGAUAAUAUUUGGAACUGAAACUAUUUCGUCAUUUCAUUUGCGAAUUUUGAAUGAGGCGAUACUUUCAGAACAGUUCUCACUAUCGUUUGUCAUCGCUUUGACAGAAAUUGCUCGGAUGGGCGGAUUGCCUCAUGAAUAUAUCAUAGAUUGUUAUAUGGUUGGGCAAUAUAUUUAUUCAGCUACAAUUAUACCUGUGAAUACGCCCAAUUAUAAACGGCAAAUUGAUACACUGUACCAUGCACGCAUUCAUGAAAUGAAUUGUUGGCAAGUACUAGCGGAACCAUAA